AUGCAAAGUGUGAACAUGGAAGGCUUCCAGGAUAAAUCUGAAAAUUCACUAGUCGAUUUAAGCUUUGAAAAUAUCGGAGCAACACUUGGAGCAGAUGCGGCUCUUGAUAACAAAAUUGAAAUGGAAAAGAAGCUCGAAGAUUCCCUCUUCUCUGGCGCUGCAGAGUCGGACUAUAAAGCAAAGGACAGUGAUGUUUUCGAUGAGUGUAUACCGUUGGUUCAAAGCACCUAUAGCGAAGAUCAACUGAAUGGUAAAGAUGAACCAUUUUCGGUGGUGGAACAGUUCAAUACAAGUCAGCCCGUAAAAUCUCUAAACAAUGCGGUUUUGGACGAUGAGGUCGAAAGUGAUUAUAUGAAUCCGUAUGUCAGCAUACGACAGGAAAAGGAGAAAAGUUACGUCCAUGAGGAAUCAGCUGCUACGACAUUUACAAGGGAACCUGUUCAAGCUGCACCGGAGGCUGAAGAAAACUCCACUGCGUCAGCCUGCAAUUUAUCGAAUGUUGUUGAAUCGGUUUCCGUUCCUAGCAUGCCGGAUGCAGCUAAGGAAUGUAUCGAAAUUGAGCAAAUAUUUAAGGAUUAUGGACUAGACACUUGGUUCAAUCCGGCAAGACUACACCCCAAAGUGGAGUCCCUGAUUUAUUGGCGAGAUGUAAAGAAGUCCGGCGUGGUCUUUGGCGGUGGUCUCGCACUUCUACUUGCUAUGUCGCUGUUUUCGUUGAUCAGCGUGUUUUCAUACCUUUCCUUGCUGCUCCUAUUCGGUACUAUAUCGUUCAGGAUCUACAAGAACGUAUUGCAAGCUGUGCAGAAAACCGCUGAAGGCCAUCCAUUCAAGGAAUAUUUGGAUAUGGAUCUAACUCUGUCACAGGAGAAGGUACAGCAACUCGCCACCGUAGCUGUGGCGCAUGUGAAUUCAGUGCUGACCGGAUUGCGUCGCCUGUUUUUAGUAGAGGAUCUCGUCGAUUCGAUCAAGUUUGGCGUUUUGCUUUAUUGGCUCACUUAUGUGGGUGCCAUUUUCAAUGGCAUCACCUGCGUUAUGAUUGGCUACGUAGCAUUGUUCACCCUGCCAAAGGUGUAUGAAAAUAACAAGCAAUCUGUCGACACCCAUAUAGAACUCGUUCGAAGCAAACUUCAAGAGAUAACAGAAAAGGUCAAAGCUGCUGUUCCCCUGGGCAAGAAAACGGAAACUGAGAAAACAAAGUAAGAGCAUACCAUCCUUUGUGCAUGACGAACAUCUUUGGAGAAGCAUUCAAGAUUAUUAAGGGCAUACAGAGCCAACAAUGCGAAGAAUAAUUGCUAAAGAGGAUAUUAUUAAGAUUCGAAUAUUUGCUGUUGUUUGUGAUUUGCUUUUGAAGUUUUUCGCGAAGUUUUCAUUUAAAAACCAGCUUUUUUAAACAUCAUACAACGUAACGAUGAGAGAUACAAAUCAAAAUUUUAAUGUCCAUCGGCUUCUCUACCCAAUACACAAGUAAAGCAUAAGAACUUAAUGAAGAGCGGAUGAACAAUAGCAACCAGGAACGUGUGCGCACGAAUGAAGUCGUUACUGAGAUUAUGUGGCCCCUUCUUAUCGGAAGAGCUAGUGUUACACUCUGAAGAAAAUAUAAAAUAAUAAGAAAUUGUGUGUGAUUGUAAUGAAAUUCCGCGUUACGUAUGCUUUGUUGCCAAGGCUUAGGGUGCCAUGUUUUGUUUUCAGACCCUCUUGUGUCUUAAUUGUGA